AUUAUUUUUUUUGUGACAAUUGUGAUGUUCUGUAGGUAAUGUUGAUACAUUUUGAAUGGAAUAAUGUUGUCCAUACCGAUUUUUAAACGAAAAGUUGUACAAUAAAACUAAUUUCCGACAUGGAAAUUGUUUUUAGAAGUCCAGCAAAUCCAAAAAUAUUAAUUUAUGUGGUAACUUUGCUAAAUGUCUGUUUCGGCUCUUUUAAUUUUUAUAUAGAUACGAAUGAAGUUCAAAGACUUUUAGGUUUAAAUGCAGAAUUGUUUUAUGUUAGAAAUGGAGUUAUCAAUGAACAGGCUUCAAAUUUUAUAUUGUCAGUUCCUUACAAACAUAAUGUAUUUUACUUUACUUGGGAAAGUCUGGAAGAGAAGCCUCUAAAUUAUAAAGUGAAAGUUGAUUCGCCAGAACAAGUAGUGCUAGAAAAACCAGUAUUAAAUAUAUCAGCAACUGGUUUGAUGCCAAAAGGAUCGCAAAUGUUUAGUGUGGAUAUUCCUUGUUCUGGUAAACAAUCUGGUCAAAGUGACAUCCUUGUUUCUGUAACAAUUACUCUUCCUUCAAACAAUAUUACAAAUAUAAACAUUCACAGGAGAAAAACUUGUAUUGAAACAGAUGUUAAGGCAAAUAAUAUUCUAUCUGACUCAGAAUCUGUAAACCCAGGCCCAGCAAAAAUGUUUUAUUUUGCAAUUAGUUGUGCCGUUGGCUUUCUUUUCUUUUUUCUUGUUUUUCUUACAUCUUUCUAUAUUCGCCGUAAAAAGUUUAAAAAAGUAUCUGACAAUAAUAUAGAUCAAUCACAAUCAACAUUUCUUCAUUCUUCAAGAAAUCCUACAGCUAUUUCGUCUUAUGGAAGUUUUCGUAGAGCACCAAGUUAUUCUCUUUUAGAAGAUAGGCCAAAAGAUAUUCAAGAGAGAAUUUCCGAUCUUACAAUCCAAAGAUGUCGAGUUUGCUUAAAAAGUGUAUUAUUAGAAGGCACUUUUGGCAGAGUUUAUCAAGGAACAUAUACAAAAGACAAUGGUUCAGUAGAGAGUGUUUUGAUAAAAACAGUCACUGACCACGCUUCUCAAAUACAAAUCUCACUUUUACUUCAAGAAGGAAUGUCAAUGUAUUCAAUCAAUCACAAAAAUAUUUUAAGCAUAUUGGGUGUUUCUUUUGAGGAAAAUACUGCUCCGUUUUUACUUUAUCCUUUUAGAGAUUUUAAAAAUUUGAAAAUUUUCCUCCAGAAAUGUAAAUUAUGUUCAGAGGGUGUAGCUCACACUCUUACUACUCAAGAAAUUGUUGACAUGGCACUACAAAUAACUGGGGCCAUGCUGUAUCUUCAUAAACGUCAUUUAUUACAUAAGGACUUAGCUGCUAGAAAUUGUGUGGUUGAUGAAAAAUUAAAAAUUCAAAUAACAGAUAAUGCUCUAUCCCGUGACCUUUUUCCCGCAGACUAUCAUUGCUUGGGUGACAAUGAAAAUAGGCCAAUAAAAUGGCUUGCUAUUGAAAGUUUAAUAAGCAAAACUUUUUCCCCUCAAUCUGAUGUAUGGUCAUUUGGUGUAUUACUUUGGGAAUUAACAUCUUUAGCUCAACAGCCAUAUGUUGAAAUAGAUCCUUUUGAAAUGGCUGCUUAUCUAAAGGAUGGGUAUAGAUUAACUCAACCAAUAAACUGUCCAGAUGAAUUGUUUGCUGUUAUAGCCUACUGUUGGGCAAUGAAUCCCGAAGACAGGCCCACUUUUCUACAGUUGAAAGUUUGUCUUUCUGAGUUUUAUUCACAAUUAACGCAAUAUGUUUAAUUGUUGCUGUAACAUGCAAUUAUUCAGUUGUAUAUAAGAAUGCUCGAUGAAUUAAUAUCUAACAUUACUCUGAUCAGAGGAAAAGAGCAUAAUCUACCAGCAAACAGUUACACUUGUCGAUUUUUAUAACGAAAUAAAUGUUAGGUAACAAAUAAUUGGUGAUGUUUGAGGUUGUAGUAGAUGUUAUUGAUUACCAUUUCUCUGUGGCUUCUUUAGAUGGAAAAAGAAUUAUUGUAGAGUCAAUAAAUAAUUUAUAACUAAAA